UUCGCGCCGGUGAGAUUGUGUAUCACUGGCCACGCUGCGGGAUUCAUGGUCCAUGUCGGUUGCACGUACAUUCGCGCAGAAAGCGAUGUGAAUUUGUGGUGCAGUGAGAAAAAAUUGCAAAAAGUCUGUCUACACCAUCUUACACAGACAUGAUUAUCGUGCUGUUUCACGUGUUUUAUUUGCUCGGUCAAUAUAUAUAUAAAAACUAUCGCGUCAAGAAGCUGAGAAGCUUGUGCGAUGCCGCGAAGGAGUCAGAGAAAUCUUCGUUCGACCAGCAAACCUACGAAAUGUUCAGCGAUAAUUCGUACGACGACGAUGAGAAAUCUCUGGCGUCGAAAUGUCACGAGGUAGAGCCGAUGAAAUUCAAUCCGCCGGCGUAUAUACAAAGAUACAACGCCGUGCAAAACAUACUUACUGAUCCCGUGUACAGCGGAAAAAUACGAAAGGUUGUCGAUUUUGGAUGUUCACAAAUGAGUUUUCUACGUUAUUUAAAAAACAUACAAGAAGUGGAAGAGAUACUUUGCGUUGACAUUGAUAGAGAAAUUUUAGAAUAUAACAAAGAAAGAGCAGAACCAUAUCUCAUGGAAUAUGUAUGUUGUCGACAAACGCCACUUGUCAUUGAAUUAUGUGAAGGAAGUGUAACACAUAAUGAUCAAAAAUUGAAACAAGCGGAUGCUGUAAUUUGCAUUGAAUUAAUUGAGCAUUUGUAUCCAGAGACAUUAAUGGACCUGCCUUCUAAUAUUUUUGAAUAUAUUAUGCCAAAAGUAGCAAUAGUAACUACCCCAAAUGCAGAUUUCAAUGUAUUAUUUCCAAACUUCUCAGGCUACAGACAUCCAGACCAUAAGUUUGAAUGGACAAGGAAACAAUUUCAAGAAUGGGCACAAGACAUUGUGGCAAGAUAUCCAUCUUAUGUUGUGACAUUUCAUGAAAUUUGUAAAGGACCUGCAGGCACUGAAGACUUAGGUGGAUGCUCACAAAUGGCAGUAUUUCACCAACAAUCAUUAAUAGAAGAAUGCAAUAAAAUAAUAGGAGUAGAUGGAUUAUUUAAGACAGUGGCUAGAUAUGAUUAUCCUGUAUAUGUUGACACUCGUUCUGAUGAAGAGAAAUUAUUGCAUGAAGCAACGUAUCAUAUCACCACAUUAGCCUUCUUUCAGGAGAAUCGAGAUGAAGUAAUUCUGAGUAAUAUAUUACCUUAUUUGCAAGAAAAAAAUUUCAAUGUAACAAUAGAAACAUUGAGAAAAGUCUUAACAGAUGCAAAUUGGAUUAUCAAAGAUGGAGAAGAUGGACCAAUAGUAAAAAUUGAUUGUUGUUCUUCUGAUUAUGAAGCUGAAGAUGAAAAUUUUCAUAUGGAUAAUACUGAUUCGAUAAAUGAAGAAAAUAUAAAAGAAUUCAACUAUGAAGAUGAAUCAGUAAGUAACAUAUUUGCAAAUGCAGAUGAACAAGGUUUAACUGAACGAAAUUCAUAUAUUGAAAACUGGAAUGAACAACUCAGCAUUAUUAUACCCGAAAAUCGUUCUAUUAUUCAAGAAAAUAGUUAUUUAUUUGAUGGUGAAAAUUUCUUAUCAGAAUAUCACCCACCUGAAGUAUCGCAUGUAACCAGCAACAAUGAUGUUACUAGGCACUCAAAGAUUAGCAAUAUUACAGACUCUUUAGUAUAUACUGAACGAGAACUUCCAAGUAAUUCAACUUCUCUUUCUUUAAAUGAGAUAGAAAUAGAUGGCGAAGCUAAAAUGAAUAAUGCCGAUGUGCCAUCAGUUUUUGACACAUCCUCGACAAUAUUCAAUGACAGUAAUUUAAUAUUAAAAGACUCAUCAGCCGACAAUACAACAAUAAAAUCAGUUUUAUCACAAAAUAGUGAUAUAAAUUUAACAACUUCAGAAUUACAAGUACAAAAAAUGUUCAAUUUCCAACCAUAUAUGUCUGUCUCGCGUUCAUCGACAUCGCCAGAACUACUUUUAUUCAGUUCUGGCGAAUCGAACAAUUCUUUGCAUAAUUAUAGCACUAAUUAUCAAAACGGAUCGUGCGAUAAAUUGCAUCAAAUUUCAUUAAACGAUACUUUUCACCAAUCUGAAAUAACAAAUGCGGAUGUAGAUGAAUCUAUUGCAGAGAACAUUUUUUCCUUGCCAUUUAAAAAAAAUUCUUUGGAAAAGGAUUGUACAUUGAUACAGAAAAGUAAAAUAAAUUCUUCAAAACAUAAAUUCUCAAGUUAUCCUAAGGUAAACAAUAGUUGUAAUCUUGAACAAGUGAUUUUAGUUAAGAAUCAAGUUUGUGAAAAUAAUGAUAUGACAGAUAUGAUACCAUUAAAAGUUUGUAGUAGUAGUGUUAAUAAUCAACCAAGAUUUACAAGUUCACCUAAAGGUCCUACAAAAAUAUCUACCAAUAUCGUUGAACAAAGCUGUCACGAAUUGAAAGAACUAAUGCCUGUAGUAAAUAGGAACAUCUUAUCAUCUAUAGAAAAAACAAUUAAGAAAACUGUAUUGAAUACUGAUGAUAGUAGUUCAUUAAAUGAUAUUAGUCAGAAAUCUAGUAGCAGUACUUCUACAGAAACAGUUAAAUUAUGCGCUAGUUCUUUAAGUGAUGAUAUUACCAAUUCUUCAAAAAAUAAUACAGACUUAUAUCUCAUUAGCAAUAACGCACAGAAACAUUUGUAUUUAGAGAAUAAAGAAUCUACCAAAGAAUCAAUGCAAGAUAUUGAUGAAAAAUUUAUAGAAAAGAACGUUGCAAUCAAUCAUGAAUCCGAUUUCGCGGAUGAUAUACAAAAUGUAGACGCACACCACAGCUUGUCAUUGAACAAUGAGAACAUUAACAAAGAAGAAGACAUGUGUUGUACAUUAACAAAAACAAAUGAUAAUGGUACAAAGCUGCAUCAAGAAAAUGUGAUUAACGAUUUCGCACAGUCGAAUGUAAGAGAAAAGAGCUUAAAUCCGCCUAAAGAAUUGUCGAGUUUGAAAUCGCAGAACAAUAGCGAAUACUCUUCAACUGAAUGUGCCAAAAAAACUAGUGUUUUAGAAAAUGAUAGACUUGUAUCUAGUAGCAGUAAUAAAGAUGCAAAUAAUGUUCAAUUUGCAGUAUUAAAAAAAAAUGAUGAAAUUGUUGGUACAAGCAAAGAUGUAAAUGCAUCGAAUAUCGUUGGAUUAGUAAAUAUUGAAGCUAAAUCAGUUUCUCCAUUUGAAACCCCUCCAAACAGUUGGUCUCCCGAAAUUAUGGAUUCUGGAUAUCCAAAUUCAGCAUCCGUGCAAGAUAUAACACCAGAAUAUGAUUUGUCCAGUAUAGGUCAAGAUCAUAUACCAGAUUCUGAAUCACCGAGCGUUGCAGAAGCGCCAAGACUCGGCAUUUUGGAACCAAUCGAGGUAGAAAAUGGUGAUUUGGCAAACAAUAACAGGGAUGAUGAGGGUAACAAUAUGAUAGCUGUGGAUGCUAAUGAUAUUGAAAACUUGCAACCAUUAAUCGAUGUACUGGAAAAUGAUCUCGAGAAUGAAAACGAUAUUUACGUAAUGCAAAACGGAUUUCCCAUAUGGUUAUUGAGAUUAUUGGAUAUGGCAAAUCCACUUGAUAGACAAAAUUUGAGGAAUCCCGAAGAUGAAGUAGCAGAUGAUGCUAAUUACAUGGGUCGUGACGAAGGUUUUGAUAGCAGUUCGUCCGAGAAUGAGAGCGACAUAUAAAAUGGAAAUGACAAAAAAUAAAACACUUUUCUUGCUGGGGCGAAAAGGAUGUGAUGCGUGUGAUAUAAUUAAGUCAUUUUUCACAGACUUAAGGAACAGACUGCAAGAAGAUUUUUAAAUUGCAGCUUUAUAAGUAUCUGGAAAUGUCAGCUUCUCUAUUUCAUUGAAAAAUCAAACAUUCUUGUUAAUAGUCAAAAUAUCAGAGAUAUUUUGAUCUUUUAACAUAUAUAUACAUUACAUAUCGACAUACAUAUACAUACAUAUAUAUGUGUAUAUAUAUAUUUUCUUACGGUUCUACGAAGUUUCCAUUAAUUCUUAACGAAAUGUCAAUAUAAUCAAGUUUCCAAUGUAGUAUUUUAGCUCUUAAUGUAAUUUACGAAAGUUCAUAGAUAUGUUAAGUUUCGAUAAGAGUAACAUAUAUAUGUGAUAUCUGAUACAUUAUUAUCACAAAUGUGUGAUAUGUUAUGAAUAUUUAGUUCUUUUGUGAUUGUUUGACUAUAAUUUCCUUAAAACUUCCUAUCCCUAAGACUGAGACUGCAUAUAAUUAUGUUCGCAAUUGUGCUUUGGGCAAAUAAAAUCGAUAUAAAAUCUGA